AUGAUCGAGCGACCAGAGACCGCUGUUCCGAGCAUCGCUCAACGGAACCUGGAGGGCUACGUGGGUUUCGCUAACCUCCCCAACCAGGUGUACCGGAAGUCUGUGAAGAGGGGGUUUGAGUUCACGCUAAUGGUGGUGGGUGAGUCCGGUCUGGGGAAGUCCACACUCAUAAACUCCUUGUUCCUGACUGAUCUUUACUCCAAGGACUACCCAGGACCAUCGCAGCGCAUUAAGAAGACUGUACAGGUAGAGCAGUCAAAGGUUUUGAUCAAAGAGGGCGGUGUGCAGCUGACUCUGACCAUAGUAGACACUCCAGGGUUUGGAGACGCAGUGGACAACAGCAACUGCUGGCAGCCAGUCAUAAACUACAUUGACAGUAAGUGUGAGGACUUCCUCAAUGCAGAAUCCAGGGUCAACCGCAGGUCAAUGCCUGACAACAGAGUCCACUGCUGCCUAUACUUCAUCGCACCUUCCGGACACGGGCUGAAGCCACUUGACAUUGAAUUCAUGAAGAGGCUCCAUGACAAAGUCAACGUAAUCCCACUCAUCGCCAAAGCUGACACCCUGACCCCCGAGGAGUGCCAACUGUUUAAAAAACAAAUAAUGAAAGAGAUACAAGAACAUAAGAUCAAGAUUUAUGAAUUUCCAGACACAGAAGAUGACGAGGACAACAAGCUAAUCCGUAAAAUUAAGGAAAAGAUGCCAUUGGCAGUCGUCGGCAGCAAUGUGGUGAUUGAAGUGAAUGGGAAGAAGGUCCGAGGUCGGCAGUACCCGUGGGGCGUGGCUGAAGUGGAGAAUGGGGAACACUGUGACUUCACUGUGCUGCGCAACAUGUUGAUCAGGACCCACAUGCAGAAUUUGAAGGACGUCACCAACAAUGUCCACUAUGAGAACUACCGCAGUAAGAAACUCGCAGCAGUUACCUGUAAUGGAGUGGACAACAGCAAGGCUAAGGGCCAGCUAACCAAAAGUCCUCUGGCUCAGAUGGAAGAGGAGCGCAGGGAUCACGUGAUGAAGAUGAAGAAGAUGGAAGCCGAGAUGGAGCAGGUCUUUGAGAUGAAGGUCAAAGAGAAGAGGCAGAAACUGAAGGACUCUGAGGCUGAGCUGGAGCGGCGCCACGAGCAGAUGAAAAGGAACCUGGAAGCACAGUACAAGGAGCUGGAGGAGAAGAGACGAGUGUUUGAGGCGGAGAAGGUCAACUGGGAGGCUCAGCAGAAGAUUCUGGAGCAGCAGAAACUAGAUGCAUCAAAAACAAUGGAAAAGAACAAGAAGAAGGGCAAGAUCUUCUAA